GUGUAGUGUUUCUAUAAUAAGCCUAAAGUAAAGAUGAAGUGUGUGAUCACCUAACCUAAAGCAUAACAAUUAUCACGAAAGUAAAACUAUCGAUUCCUUGUCAAACUUAAAUCUAUUCUGAAUUAAGCUAUUGUCUGUUAUAUCACCAACGUUUUUAAUAUAAAAGCAAACUUUAAUCAACGGAGACUCUAAAUUAAGAAAUCGACAUAUAUUUUUCCAGUUUUGUUGUCUGUGGUCUCUACAUUUCAUUUUAUUCUUUCAGUUUCAGUACAUAGACUAACAUCAAUAUUAGGUUAUACUUUUGUUUCUGAGCAACAUAACAUAAAAGCCAUUGUUGGAAUAUAGUGUAACCAAAAUGCACUGGGUUUUCUAUAUAUCAAUAUCAGAAGUUGUUAAUCUAACUGAUUUUUAGUUUUACCAAUAAUCAUUCUAUGAAUACGCCACGAAUUCACUUCAUGAAUGAUCUUAAUUUUGAUUGGCUCACAAUGGAAUUUACCGAUGUUUAACUGUUUCGACUGCACUUUUCUCUCUCUAUGUUGGUCAAUCUUGAUUUCACAAAAUUUGUUUAUUAAAAUUAGCUAUUAAGUGCAAGGUUAAGGUAUAUUAUGGAGUGGUGCUACGUGCCUCCGUCAUUUUUGACGGGCUAUACGCUAGUUAACUUAAUAAUUAAGCCCGCUGUACUGUUUUAAAACUUACUAGAAGUACUAACAAGUAAGUAUUACGGCAACCUGUAAGCACUGUAUUGUCUAUAUUUUUGGUUUUAUCUUUCUUUUUGGGUUUAUCUAAAAAUUAUUUUAUCCUUGUGUUAUUUAGUUACGUUUGAAACUUUCCAGAUAGAGUUUAAAAGUGAUAAUACUGACGUGAAAAGAAAAAAACUGUUGGUCAAUCUGAGUGGUACAACAUUCAAGUUGGUGUAAAAGAAAGCAUGCAGCUGUAGUCUGGAAGGCUACAAAAACGCGUACAAUACAAACGUAUAUUCCAGCUGCCAGUUAUCUAAUUUUAGACAUGAUAGUUUAUUCUUUAUGAGAAACAGUAAGAGCAAGACUGAUAGUAAAGGAACAAUGGACAUUGAAAAUCUUGAAUUAAUCAAAUGCAUCCAGAACAAUGAAGGAAUCCAGAAGAAUCAAGUAGUAGUUUUGUUUUCCAAUUUGUACAACAGAAUUAAACAUCCAAGUUUAGAAAAUCUUAUAGAUAAACACUGGGAAGAACAAAAAAAGAAAAAUCCAACGUUGUUUGAUGGAUUGAAAUUUCGUUUUCACACACUUCACACUGUUUAUGGUCCUAAUGAGUCUGAAAUGAAAAUACAGCUUCUCUUAGGACUUACCUCAUAUAAGGACUUUUUGGGCACAUGCUGUUCACCAUUUACAGAAAAGUUUCUAGAAGAUGGGAGAAAGGACUUUGGUAACCACUGCACUUACAUGUCUCAGUCACUUGGUAUAGGGGCACUUGUUGAAACAACAAACCAUGAUUUCAUCUUUAUCAAAAGAAGUCACAACUGUGGAGAAUAUCCAGGAUGCUUAGAUCGACCUGGUGGACAUCCUGAACCAGAGGAGGUGUUCAAAAGUUUAGUGAAAAAUGAAAACCUGGAACUUACGGAAACCCCUAGUGAUGUACCAUCUGACUUAGUUGUUAAAGAAAUAUUUUCAUCAAUCUUGCGUGAAGUCAGAGAUGAAGUAAAUAUUCCUCUUGACUACCUCUCAGAGCCAUGGUUGAUGGGAUUUGUGUGCAAUAAUUCAACAGGUGGCAGGCCAACUGCUGAAUUUUAUAUAAGUUGUUCCUUGGCAACUGCAGAUGUACUUGCUAGGUACAGAGAAGGAUCUCAAGCAGAAGUUGACGAAACAAUAGGUAUAUAUGUGGCCCAACAGGAAGCACUACUUGCAGAAUCAUAUAAUGAAGAAACACAGAUUUUGUGGAAUGAUUUAACUCCAGCUGCCAAAGGGGCUGUUUUACUAUUUAAAGACUGCACUAAAUAUCACUUUAAAAUAGAGAAUGAUCAAUGAGAAGGAUACAUUAUUGGUUUUUAUCACAAGUCAGUUUUACACCAAAAACUUAGUUUAGUUUGUGGAGUUAUACAAAGGUGAAAGGUUAUUACAGUUUUAUUAUAUUUUUACACUAGAUUUCACUUUUAUGUGUAUUUAAUGGUUUGUCUGUUUAACCCUUUGCUUACCAUACGGGUGUAUUUGUUAUUUCUAUUCCAAAGGGCCAUAUGGGCAUACAUUAAUAAUAGUUCUUCACACUGAUUCCAGUGACUUAUGGUUUGUGUAGCCUUAAGUUUCUUCAAUAAAAUACACAAUAAAUCAAGCAAAUACAAAAUUUUUGAUAUUUUGUCAAAUUUCUCAAUUUUCUCUAAUUCCUCAAAAUGCACGAUGCCUGCUUGCAAAGGUCUUAAUAAUUCUUUUAAAAGUGCUAUAGAAGGAAUUUGUGAUAAGAGACAGAGUGAGACCAUAUAUAAAGAUCAUUCGUGUUUUGGGCUAAUGUUUGAACUUUUGUAAUUAUUUGUAGUAAUCUGUAGUGCCAUGACAGUUAUGUUGUUCUCUAGCCCCCAUUCUUGAGUUAUUGGUAUGGGCAAAUGUUAAUUUAUCUUGAAUUGAAAAGCCUUUGUAACUCAAUAGUUUAACUUAAGCUAAAAAUAGCAUCUGUAAAAACAGUGCAAUACUUUUUUUUUAUUUUAUAGACAAAAGUUGGUAAUCACAGUAAGAAACUGAAGAAACCUAUUUGAUAUCAUUAGUUUUUGAAAAAUAAAUGUAUUUGAGAACUGUGA